UCAUCUGUGCACUUGGGCGUUGGACUCCGCAUCUUAUUAGCGACAAGGGAAAUUUCUCCAUUUUCCAUCCUGUCUACAGCGACACAGCCACAAAUCUGGGAUUUUUUUAUUACUUCUCUUCACUUGGCAGUUUUUUUCCUCCAAUUUUCCAAUUUUGUUCACUGUGACUGGACUUUAAUUACUUCUCAAGUAAACAUUUCCAAGAGGAAUCUUCGCAAAGAGUUUGCAUUAAAAAAUAGGCUAUUGGUCUUUGUUCGUUUUUGGAUCGGUUGAGUUUCUUUGUUGGAGCGAAAGCAUGGGAGCGCAAUUCUCCAAGACAGCUGCAAAAGGCGAAACCGCGGUUGAAAAGCCAGGAGAGGCUGCCGCUUCACCAACCAAGACCAAUGGCCAGGAAAACGGUCACGUGAAAGUGAAUGGGGAUGCCUCUCCUGCGGCCGCAGAGGCGGGUAAGGAGGAGGUGCAGGCCAAUGGCAGUGCCACAGCAGAGGAUGCCCCGAAAGAGGAGGCCGCAUCCGCAGAAGUGGCAGUAGUGGACGGGGAGAAGGCCGAGAACGCUGAGGCCGCGUCUCCGGCUGCCGAGGGCGAUGCCGCGAAGCCCGAGGAAGGAGCCACGCCCUCAGCCAGCAACGAGACCCCGAAGAAGAAGAAGAAGCGCUUCUCGUUCAAGAAGUCCUUCAAGCUGAGUGGCUUCUCCUUCAAGAAGACCAAAAAGGAGACGGGCGAUGGGGCCGCCGACGGGGAGGAUGCUGCCACGUCCACCGAGGAGGUGAAGGCCGAGGCCCCGGAGGCCGCUGCGGAGGAGGGCUCCAAGCCCGCCGAGGGGGAGGCCGCCGCCGGGGAGGAGGCUAAGGAAGCGGCUAGCCCCGCGGAGGCCAAGCCUGAGGAAGCGGCAGCACCCGCGGAGGAGGCCAAGGCGGCUGUCGAGGAGCCAAAGGCAGAGGAGCCGACCGAGGCCGCCGCGGAGGAGGCGCCCAAAACGGAGGAGGCCUUGCCUGCAGCAGAGGCCGCAUCCAGUCCAGAAGCCCCUGCUGCUGCAGAGGCCACUGCUGAGUAAGGCCGGAACAACCAAGAAAAACAGAAGAAAUAAAAAUUAAAAAAGAGAGAAAAAAAAGAUAAUCAAAGAACACUUCCCUGUUUGUAUGUUGGAGUGGUGCCAGUUCCUGGCUUUGGAGAACUUGUCUACAACCAGGGAUAUUUUAAAGCUUUUCUUUUUUUGGUUUUCCCUCCCCCACUCUCCCCUCCACAAAACCCACCUCGGUCCAUUACUACCAUUCCAAUGGGCAGAGAGGUGGGUGGCUUAGAAACGUAAUACUACAGAAAAAAAAAUACAUCCACACUCUGCCAUAUAUUUUUUUUUGCAUCAGUAUUAAUGUUUUUUUUUUGUUGCAUUUUUAUACAAAAUGUAAACUUGUCAAAAUGUAUGGACAUGCCCAUGGUAUGAAGGAGGUGGGAUAAAGUUUAGAUGUAAAUGAAGGGGGUUUUGGGGUGGGGGGGGUAUUUGGCGUUGGCACGUGUGUGCCUGGGAAUUUGCCACAGACUAUGAUGUGAAGAAUAUUCUUAAAAAAUGAUAAUGAAACAACCAACAUCUAUGUACCAUGAGAGUACCAUGCGGUUUACAACACUAAGUCAUUUUCACCAUCAGACAACAAAAAAUACAACUCCCAGAGCUAGGUUUAGGAAGACAUUGAAAAAAUAUCAUAGGAGCUUUUCACUUCUCUCAUUAGCUGUACCAGUCAGUGAUUCAGUAGAAAUACAAGUUGUAUAGGCUUUAUUGUUUAUUGCUGGUUUUAUGACCUUAAUAAAGUGUAAGUAUGUAUAGGCGGGGUGUUUUUAACUGUGAUUAUUGUACAAAUGAAAUCUUGAUCUCAAGAAGCACAUGAAGUUUGCAGCUCUUUUUCCACCCGCUCAUUUUUGUAAAAUAACAAAAACAAAUUCAUCCUGGAAGACCUUUUAAGCAAUUUUUGAACUCAACCAAGCUGUGAUAAGUGGAAUGGUUACUGUUUAUAUACUGUGGUAUGUUUUGAUUACAGCAGACAAUGCUUUUUUCAGUGGUCUUUGACAAAUUAAGGAAUCUCUAUCAGAUGCAAUGUUUGUGUAGCAUCUUGUCUCUUUUCUUUUGUAAAUACUGGAGAAGCUUUGACCAAUUUGACUUAGAGAUGGAAUGUAACUUUGCUUACAAAAAAUUGCUAUUAAACUCCUGCUUAAGGUGUUCUAAUUUUCUGUGAGCACACUAAAAGCAAAAAUAAAUGUGAAUAAAAUUUGAGCAGCAUCUGUCCCUUUCA